CUGUGUUACACUUCCACCACCCCGUGGAGACGAAGAUAGAGAGGUCUCACAUCCCCUGAGGAGGCUGUUCUGACAGCACAGGAUGGAAAAGAGCAGAAGCUGUGGCUGGUGGAGAAGGUGGAGAUGCUGCCUGAGCAUCUCCAAGGAGUGUUGAAGGUUUGGGGGAGGAAGCAGUAUCCUAGCUCUGCCAGCGAUGGAGAUGGAGGCUGGCUCUGCUCCACAGCACCCUCUCCACUGCUAUUGGUGUCAUCUUAUGCCAGACCUGCAGCUGAUUACCCCAACCCUACUGUACCCAUGCCCUGGCUGCUGACAGCCUCCAUGGGUGCCUGCUUGUUGGCACUCAGGCUCCAGGUGUAAAUACAUCCCAGAGAUGCUUUGAUUCCAAGUUUGUUUUGAAUUAAAAUGUGCCAGUCCAUCAGGGGAAAUGCUUUUGCAUGUUGAUGGUUUGCUGCAGAGCAAAAUGUCCCAGAUCAGCAGUUGCAUGGGAAAUUUCUUUAGAUUCCAGAUUGGUUUGGCUUUGAACUUGGUGUUCAGGUUCACCAAGAAACCAAACAAAGAAGGUUUUGAAGGUUUGUUUGGUUCAAGAAAACAAAUAUGGGUGCUUUGAUGGCAUUUCAGGUGUUUUGGGAAGGUUUGCCUGUGUCUUUCAUCAAAUUGUUUUGGCUUUGAACUUGGUGUUCAAGUUCACCAAGAAACCAAACAAAGAAACCAAACAAAGAAGGUUUUGAAGGUUUGUUUGGUUCAAGAAACUAAACAAACCUUCAAAACAUUUCAGUGGUGAAGGGAGAAUUUCUGCCAUGGAGAAAAUUAAAUGUAUGGCCAGGUAUGGGAUAGUUUGAGGUUCUUCCUCAUUUCCAGCAUUCAGAGGAUCUUCUCCCUUUGGAUCAGGGCUGAGAUGGGGCAGGCAGUACUCACUGCUGGGAUGUGAAUUACACAGCACAUGGGAGCUCUGUCAGACCUCAGGGAGCUGCAGGAGCUGGAGAUGGUGGCAGAAGUGGGGUGCACCAGCACAUGGGAGCUGCUGUGAGCUUUUCUGUGAUUUUUUUUUUUGAUUUUUUUUUUUUAAUUUUUUUUUUUUUUUAUUGUGAGCUGGCACAAAAACAUGCCUUGAAAAUCAUCCUUUUGCUGGUGGCUGAGCUUGGAUUGAGUUUUUUCAGUGAUAAUCAGCAGAUAAAGGACCACGCUGGGGACAUCCCUGGAAGCCUCUGUCCUCAUUCCUGUUCCCUGAACCACUAGUUCUGUGUGAGUCCCAUGAAGCUCGAGGUCCCACAAGUAGGGCAGCAGGAGGUUUCAUGCCAGCUGCACCCAGGGGUGCUGCCUUGAAGGCAUCCAGUACUGAAGCAUGAGGCAGCUCCUGAAUCAGCCUGGGAAGGUCAUGGCAGUGACCUGGGAGCCGAGACCUCUCAGGUGUCACCAGGAGUGCCACGGCCACCAGCUCUUGAUCUGCUUCCAAGCUGCCAAAGGUGGAAGGGAGAAAACAAAUAUGGGUGCUUUGAUGGCAUUUCAGGUGUUUUGGGAAGGUUUGCCUGUGUCUUUCAUCAAACCUGGAAGGCAGCAGAGCAGACAGAGCACCCCAGUGGUGUGGCUGGAAGCCAACUCCAGCUCUGCCAGGCUGUAACCAGAAGCCUCCAAGCUUUGUUGGGUGGUGUUCUCCAGCCUGGGCAGCCCAGAAGCGCUCAGCCCUCGUCUGUGCUUUGCAUCUCUGCCUCACAUCUGGGCAGGAGUGAGGUUUCCCAGAAAUGAGAUCAAGCAGGAGAGAGAAUCUCUUGGAGAAAGCCUCAGGCUUCCUUUCAGGCAAGCUGGGCAUGGCUCUGUAAAUGGGCUCUGUGCCAGUUCCCACUGAUGGUCUCAUCUUCCUCCAUGCUGGGUCCAUGGGCAUCCAGUAGCUGCAUGAGCAGCCCUGGGGUGAGGAGGAGGAGGAGGAGGGGGAGACUCCUGGCUUGCCCAUUCCACACUAAUUUAGUUUCCACUUGCAGCUACAGCUCCAAAGGAUGGCAACUGCAUGGAUCAGCCCAGAGCCCCAGAAGGGGACAGAUGGACGGAGCCACAGGCUGACAGGGAGCUGUUUCCUGAGGGGGAGCUGCUGCUCCAGGCACUCAAUGGAUUUGUCAUCGCCGUGACCGGAGAUGGCUACAUCUUCUACAUCUCCCCUACUGUGCAGGACUACCUGGGCUUCCACCAGUCAGAUCUCAUCUACCAGAGCGUGUAUGAGCUGAUCCAUGCAGACGACAGGGCCACCUUCCGCCACCAGCUGCACAGGACCCCACUGCAUGCUGCUGACACCUUUCCCCCUGAGCAGCAGCUGCCAUCCAGAUGCAGCACCAUGUCCGUCUCCCAGCACCUCUGUGCUGAGAAGCAAUCCUUCGUGGAGAGGAGCUUCACCUGCCGCUUCCGCUGCCUGCUGGAUAACUCCUCAGGAUUCCUGGCCUUGAAUUUCCAUGGACGCCUGAAGUUCCUUCUUGGGCAGCAAAAGUCAGCAGCAGAAGACAAGUCCCCAGUUGCUCUCUUUGCCAUUGCCACACUCCUCCAGCCUCUCCCCAUCCUGGAGCUCCGGACCAAAACGCUGAUCUUCCAGACAAAGCACAAGCUGGACUUCACUCCCAUGGCCUGUGACUCCAGGGGCAAGGUUGUCCUGGGAUACACAGAGGUGGAGCUGUGCAGGAGGGGGUCUGGAUAUCAGUUUGUGCACGCUGCCGACAUGAUGCACUGCGCAGAGCACCACGUGAGAAUGAUGAAGACAGGGGAGAGCGGGCUGACGGUGUUCCGGCUGCUGACCAAGAGGGGCGGCUGGGUGUGGGUGCAGGCCAACGCACGCCUGGUGUACAAAGGGGACAGGCCCGACUGCAUCAUUGCCCGCCAGCGAGCCCUAUCGAAUGAAGAAGGGGAGGAACAUCUCCGGAAGAGAAAUCUGCAGCUGCCUUUCAGCUUUGCCACGGGGGAAGCAGUCCUGUAUGGGAAUGACCUUCCUGGGUUCUUGGACUCAUUCCAAGGCAAGGAGGAGUUGCAGGUGCAAGCAAACUCCAAGGCAGAGUUGGGCUUGGUAGACCCCAACUCUCUCCUUGGGGCCAUGAUGAAGCAGGAUGCAUCCAUAUACAAUUCCCACACUGAUAACGUGCCUCAGUUCUCCCUGCCAGGUUUCAUCCCUGAGCCUGAUGGACUGAGCCAGAAUGAGAACGUCAGCAGUGCCAAGGAGGACAGCAACUCCCUCCUGGUGGUCAUCGAAACCCUUUUUGAGAAAAGCGGGGUGGGUGGAAACGUCUGCCAGAGCCUCAGCAUGGACAGCACAGAGCUGCAGCAAUGGGAGGAGGCUCUGCUCAGCCUGGGGGCAGAGGAGGAGCUGCAAGCUCAGGGACUUGGCCAGAGGCCAGGCACCAAGGUGACAUCCUGUGUGGAGCAGAUGCUCCCCAGGGAGGGUGCUAGGAAGAGCCUGGACUUCACACACUGCCAUGAGAAAAACAACGCUGUGGCUCACUUCCAGCACUGCUGGGCAGCUGGUUCAGCAUUCCCAGCCCCAGCACAGCCCAGGGCAGCAGGCACAUGGGCAGGCCAGGGGGCUGUGGGCUCUGUAGCCUCUGUUACCUCUGAGGGCAGCUCUGCCCAGCCAGAGCAGCAGGUCCUGUUUAACCCAGCCAGGCCGGUGGCGGGGACUGUGCUGGGUGUCCCUGUCUCCAGCAGCAAAUCCUCUGCAGCACUUCAGCUGGCAAACCAAGCAUUUCAGGCAGAAGUUACCCCCUCUGCUCCUGAAGGUAACAGUGUUCCCACUGCUCAGAGCCAGCUGGGGUGCCAGCUGGUGGGCUCAAACUCCCCACCCCCACUGCACUCAAACACAUUGGUGACUCUGUGGCACAAUGUCCCCCUCCAGGCAAACCCAGGCAGUUGUCCAUCGGAGGCUUGGCUGGCCAUAGCUCCAAAACAGCAGGAAGCUGCAGGAAUGAAUGUGGAGCCCCAAACUCUGCCAGGUGGCAGCCCUGAGAGGCCCCCAGGGGCUGGGCUGUGGUUGCCACCCCGCUCCCAAUCCAUUCCUUGCCCUGCCCAGGGCUUGCAUGAGUUCUUGUUUUCCAGGGAUGGGAACCUCUGUGAUGUGGAGGCUGCUGUCCCUGCACCCUUAGGAGCCAGGCAGCUGGCAGGGCAUGGCAGCUUCCCCAAACAGCCCUUGGUAGCCCAUGCAGAGCCCAGUUUUUCCUGGGAAGGGGAGCAGGCAGUGCUCCGAGAGGACAAGGGGUUCUCACAGCUGUGGCUCCCGCAGGCUGGGGCAGCUCCUCAGAGGAGCCAUGGGGCAGGGCCAGUGCACCACAGUGGGCUCCUGCUGGGCUCCAGCACGGAUCCCAGCACCCACCAGAUGGACUGCCUUGUGCUGCCUGAGUGCCAGUAUGGAAACAGCCCUUUUAGGCACGAGAGGAGCUUCCUGAGGGAUGCUGCUGAAGUACCCCUUCCCCAGCAGCCAGGUGCUUUGCCUUGCCCUGCUGAGAACCACCCUGGAGCACCCUGCUCCUCACUGGGCUCGGUUUCAAGGUGCUUGACAGCUCUUCCUGUGAAGAUGGGUGCAGGAGAACCCCCGUGCUCUGGGCAGGACCCUGGCUGCCCAUCAGUUCCAUUCUCACCUGGGCAGCCUCCCUGUGCCUGUGAGAUCCAGUUCAAAGUGAGGUGUGAGGGCUGCAGGACCUGAGGUGCCCGGCUCCUGUGGAGGGAGCAAGGAGUCUGCCAGGGGUGCAGCCAGACCAUCCUUUGUGGGCAGCCUGGUUUGGAGCUCACUGUGAACCAGGAGCGCUGUCUUGGAAAGCCACCAGCAGCUGUGAGCUGCUCAUGCCUGCCAAUGGUACCCUGUGCUCCCUGGUCUCUCAGGAUUUUGUCUUCCAAUGCUGUCAGGCAGUCUAAGAUGAAAUGCUUUGGACUUUUUUUCCCAUGAGAAAUCUUUCAGGGAGAUGCAGCUGUGCAACUGCAGAGGCUUACAGGCUCCUGGGGUCCAAGGAAGGACAUUGCUUGCUGGCACAUCCACAUGCUUGGAGCAGCCUCUUGCAGAUGGAGCUGCUGCCUCACAGGCAGGUAGCACUGAACUGCUGUUUCUCAACAGAAUAGCAUGGUCUCCUCGUCUCCUGUGUUGGACCACUCUUGUCAUGUUGCUGUUUGGUCCCCUGUAUCAUCUCUGCCUGCCUGAGCCUCAUUUCCUCCUGUGCUCUCCAUCUCCAGAGACCACCCAAAUCCUUUGGAAAAGAUGUUACCAAGCACUUCAAGAAGCUCAGCAGCAUUGAAGGAUCUCAGUGGGAAGUGAAGUUGGUGGGAGUGGAGGCACCUUGGGGGUUUGGGCUCUCCAGCAGCCUUCCAGGGGAAUUUGGGAGAGGUGGGUACCAGGCCACUGUGACCUUUCUGGGAUGCAGAGUGGGGAAAGGCUAGCCAGGCUCCCCUUGGGUUUGUCACUGGUUUGUCCUUGCCUUCCUCUCCUCUGCUCCACACUGCCAUGGGACAGAGGAACAGUGGGGGUUCCCCUGUGGUUUUGCCAAAGCAGUGAGAAGGAAAGGCAGAGAGGGAUGCAGUGACCACUGGCUGCCUCUCCUGACCCACUUGGUGCCCCUCAAACCAUUGUCCUGCAGUCCGCACAACCACUUGGUUGAAUUCUCUUCCUUUUAUAUAUAUGUAACCUAAGAUGUGAAUGAAUUGUUUUUCCCCACCAUGGAGCAAAGUCUUGCAGAUCCAUCAGGAAAGCCACAAAAUAAGCACUGAGGGGCGAGGGUGGGGAUGAUUUGAGACCAUACUGGCUUGCAACAUUGGGUCAGAGAGAUCAGAGUGCUCAGGGACAUUCAUACCUUCCUCUCAUGCACCCAUCACCCUGAGCAUCACAUCUGCCUUGCACACCAGUGAUAAGCAUUUGCUGAGCAAAUUAUACCAGGUAAUUAGUGCAGGGCCAACAGCAAGCCCACAUGUCCUGGUGUGGAGUGGCCUCAUCUCCCUGGGUCUCUUCCCUCAUGCCCAGCUUUGCCUUGGCUGAUGGGGAAAGGUCAAGCUCCUGUCUGCAGGCUGAGAGCAAAGCAACGCCAGAACAUCCUGGAGCACUCUAAGGUGGCUUCGAGAAGCACCUAGGACAGAGCCAGGAAUUGACUGGCCAUGAUCCAGAUCCAAAAAGCAGAAGGGACUCUGCUCACCAGCCUCUGUUCUGGCACCUGUGAGACAGUGUUGAGGUGUGCCAGGGCUCCCAGUGCUGCAGGAGAUGGGCCUUAGGGUGGGGGCAUUGCUGCUUGGGGCUGUGACAGACCCCCCCUGUGCUGUCACUGGUGUCUGAUCUUUCUGUACCUCGUGGCUGUGCAGAUAAAGUCUGUUCUGGUGGCAGCGUCUCAUUUUCCGCUCCGUGAUUCCUUUGUGCUGCUGGUUGCAGCCGGAAGAUGCUGAGGAGAAAAGAGCUGUCCGGAGCCUCACCCCUGUGUUUGGUGAUGUAUUAAAAGGCGAUUUGCUUUGUAUGGUGCUGAUAUUUGU